AUUCGCUCCAUUAACGACCCCGAGCACCCCCUGACGCUGGAGGAGCUGAACGUCGUCGAGCAAGUGCGAGUGAAGGUGAACGACGCAGAAAGCACGGUGGCGGUGGAGUUCACCCCCACCAUUCCUCACUGCAGCAUGGCCACCUUAAUCGGCCUCUCCAUCAAAGUGAAACUGAUCAGGUCUCUCCCUGAGAGAUUUAAGCUGGAUGUUCAUAUAACACCAGGAACACACGUCUCUGAGCAUGCAGUUAAUAAACAGCUUGCUGAUAAAGAACGUGUAGCAGCUGCUUUGGAAAACUCUCACUUACUGGAAGUGGUGAAUCAGUGUUUGUCUGCUCGAUCCUAA